GUCCCCAGGAGAGCGGAAGUGGAGGAGCAGCCGGAAGUAGCCGGAAUCUCUGACUGACCGCCGGGCUUUGACGCGCUCCGGAGGUGCCCAGAGGCGGUGGCGGCCAUGGAGUUGGGCGAGCUCCUCUACAACAAGUCCGAGUACAUCGAGACGGCAUCUGGGAACAAAGUUAGUCGCCAGUCAGUGUUGUGUGGAAGCCAGAACAUCGUUCUCAAUGGCAAGACCAUCAUAAUGAAUGACUGUAUCAUCCGAGGGGAUCUGGCAAACGUAAGAGUUGGACGCCAUUGUGUUGUGAAAAGUCGUAGUGUCAUAAGGCCACCAUUCAAGAAAUUCAGCAAAGGUGUUGCAUUCUUUCCCUUACAUAUCGGGGACCAUGUCUUUAUCGAGGAAGAUUGUGUGGUCAACGCAGCUCAGAUUGGUUCUUACGUUCACGUUGGCAAGAACUGUGUGAUUGGGCGCAGAUGUGUGUUGAAAGACUGCUGCAAAAUUCUUGACAACACAGUGUUACCUCCAGAAACCGUGGUCCCACCAUUCACCGUCUUCUCAGGCUGCCCAGGACUCUUCUCAGGGGAGCUUCCAGAAUGUACUCAAGAGCUAAUGAUUGACGUCACCAAGAGCUACUACCAGAAGUUUUUGCCCCUGACACAAGUCUAGUGUUUCUGCUUCAUGUCUUGAAUUUGGUUGAGCUCUAAGAUGAACUUGGGGACGAAGUGAGCGUCAGCAUCUCCAGGAGCUUGUGCGUGUUUGACACUUCCUCCUUUCUUUAUUUUAUUUUAUUUUUUUAAAUUGAGAAUGUUUCAAUACUUCACGGCUCUAAGCUCUUAAGAAUUUAAUAAGAGAACAUCUGGAGGAGUCGGCUCCACAUGCUGUCUCACACCUUAUCUGUCAACCGUCACUUCAUCCCAUUAUCUGUGGAACACAGAGUUGACCUUCCUAACUCUGCAACACUCCCGGCACCGUGGUCCCGUGGAUGCUAGAUCCAGGCUGAGAGGGGCCUACAGGGCACAGCACUCCCCCAGGGUAGAGGUAACAGGCAGGUGUGCCGCUCAUGGCCACGCCCCCUCACGGCACCCCACUCAGAGGACACUCAGCUCUGUUGCUGCUGACGUGUUUGACCAGUGGCCACAAUUGCUCAUAAUCCUGGAGAAAGUGUGACUUCUGAGCCCUGAUUCCUGUUGUCUGUUGGUGGUUAGUGUGUCUCUUCCCCAAAUUACUGUCCCGAGGUGGUUAAUAAAAGACUUUCUAGCAUUCUGUUCCAGGGCCUUUGGCUUUCCCUAUAAGAGAAGUCCUUAGCACCCCACAGUUUGUAUUUGCAAAGUUCCAGGUUUGAGUCUCCCAUGUAAAUGGAUUAGUCAGGUAGUCACUCCUUGCCUCAAAGUAUUUGUCUGAUUUCAUUGAAAACAAAGCAUUUGUGAACACUUGCUCUCUGACCUAGAACCAUUCAACCCACCCCGUAUUUGCAUAAAACCUCACAGGUCAUAUGUAUGCAUGAAUGGCUCUUAAAAUUGUCUGGUGGGCACAGAGCCCAAGGAGUGACGYGGCCAGCGGUAUUCUUACCAUCUCCUCUGGCCAGUCGCACCACCCUUCCUGGUCCUGCUCUGACUUCUUGGCUUAGAAAGGAGGUUUAGAGUGAGGAGCUGAGAAGGUUGGCCUCCUCAGGACUCUGGCCUGCUGAAGGUGAAUGGGACAGAUUGGCUCAGCCUGGAAGUCAGAACCCAGUAGGAGCCAGCUUGACCUAUCUUCCAGUUGUGGGGUUUGCAGAAAGAGCCUUAUGUAAUCAUCUCCGCUAAUUCUAUUAAAACUCCCUUCUGGUUUGUCA